GUGUCGCUGCACUGGGCUCGCAACUCAUGGCUGACGACAGGUCUACCCCACCAGCCUGUGGCUGUAAGGGAAUCCGGUCGUGCUUACUGUGCGAGUCUCCCGCCUGUGGAUUAGCGAAGGGGGUGCACAAGCCAAAAUCAUUUGUGUACAUCCCAGAGAAAGGCAUAGCCAAAGGAGUAGAGCACACCGAUGCAGCUGACUGGUGGUGGUUCCCAUUCCCCGGCGUCACCUUGAUAGAAGAGUUUGUUACAGAAGACGAGGAGAGGGAUAUGGUGCAUGCAAUGGAUCAGGAUGAAUGGAGACUUUCACAGUCUGGACGAAGAAAACAGGAUUUUGGCCCAAAGGUGAAUUUUAAAAAACAAAAAAUAAGAGUUGCCAAUUUCACUGGUCUUCCAAGUUUUAGCAGAUUGCUCUGGGAAAGGAUGAAGAGUCACACUGUCCUGAAUGGGUUCCUGCCUGUUGAGCAAUGUAACCUGGAUUAUAAUUCUGACCGGGGCUCUGCUAUUGACCCCCACUUAGAUGACUCUUGGCUUUGGGGUGAACGACUAGUUAGUCUAAAUCUCCUUUCAGAUACUGUGCUUACGAUGACAAGUUCUUCCACCAACAAUCUGCGGCUGAGAUCUACCUUGAAUCAACAUUGUGAACUGAAUGGACUCUGUACACAGAAUGUUAAUGAUAGCAAGGUGGUUGGUGUACAGUCGGACCACCAGGACUCUGUAGCUCAUGGUAGUUCUAUGACUGCCUUUGUUCCAUAUAAUGAUGUGGAAGUAGCUAUACAUGUACCACGGAGGUCAUUGGUAAUUUUAUAUGGAGAUGCCCGUUAUAACUGGAUGCAUGCGAUACACCGUGACCAUAUCAAGCAGCGCAGAGUUUGCAGUACAUUCAGAGAACUGUCUGCAGAGUUCAGUGCAGGCGGCAAGGAAGAGUCACAGGGACAAAUGCUGCUGGAUAUAGCCCUUGGCUUCCAAGGAAAAUCAGUUUAAAGACAACUCUUGUGUUCUUUUAAUUUUACCUCUUGAAUGCUUUGGUGCCACACAUGUACAUUUCCAUUCAUAUUCCAAAUCAUGAGGAACAUCCAUCCCCACACUUGAUAUAAGUCUAAGAUUUGCUUGGAGUGUUUUCCUUAGGGUAGGGUCACGUGGCGUAUUUUGCUGUUGCCUAUUUUCCUACCCAUUGAAGUCAAUGGGUAGCAAAAUCAGCUGCAAAAUAUGGCACGUGUCAUCCUACCCUUAAGAGGUUUUCCUGGGAAAUAUGAUUGUGAAGGUGGCCUCUAAUUCUUUAAAUACUUCCUUGUCAUAGGCCAUGUUGGUUUUGUUUCUAAAUACCACAACAUGGUUCUUUUUUAAUUUCGGUAAGUGUUUUUUUUAUUUUUAUUUACUUCACAAGCAGAAAGGAAAAUGUGCAUUGAAGCACUCACCAAGUAACUCUUGCUUAGAUGCUUUAUUUCUUAUAAAU